CUGGGAUGAGACUGCAGUCCUCUCUCCAGUUUCAUAAUGCUCCGAAUGCCUCCAUUUACAUCACCGUGUGCAGCGCCGGGCGGCGGGCUGCUGCUGCCAGGAAAUUUGAAACUGUUCUGAUUCCAGUUGACUUAGAACGGCAGCAAUUGAAUUAAGCCGGUAUCCUUAUUAGAUAAACUGAUGACCUCUGUGUUUUCAUUGACCAAUGGGUAACUGCUGGAGCUACAGUAAUCUCUGUGGCCAUGGAGGCAGUAAUCUUCUCACUCACAACGUUACAAAUGAAUUCCCAGAGUAUGGGACUGUGGAAGAAGGAGCCAAGACGUUGGAAGUGACAUCUGAGUGUCAUGGAGAGACCAUAAUAUGUGCUUCAGAUGGACAACCAAGUGACCCAUUAUUCUGUGGGACUUGUGAAAAUGGUAGCCCUGGAGACAGGAAAGAAUCAUCAUGUGAAGGGUUUCAAACCCCUCUCCAAGAGGGAGAACUGGCUCCCAAAGAGGACAAACUGAGUAAGAUGACAAAAAAUUCUGAAAAUUUAGUAUGCGAAAAUGCAUGGGAUGGAGAGGAGAAUGUCUUCUGUUCCAAGUUGCAAGUGGAAAAAGAUAAGAAGACUGGCAGAGUGGUUGAGGAGACAGCCAGAGAGGAAGUUCUUGCAGGCCAAGAAGAACCUACAGCAAUGCCACCUCCAUCUGAAAUAGCUGCAGAGAGAAAAUUGUAUUGGAUUACAAAAGAAGAUUCUAUGGUCUUGACUGUAGAAAUAGAGCCCGAAACCUCAAAAACAGUUGGUAAUAGGACUGAGGAGCCCCACAAAUUGUGUGAAAAAGGUAGACCUAUAUCAUUGGCGGGCCCAGAGAGCAAAUGUGGUGAGGCUGCCAGUGCCCUUGGGGGUGCCUGGGCAGACUUUGAGCAGCAGUUUUCUGUGUUUGAACCAGAAACAGUAGAAAGAGCAUCUGAGAGGAGGAUAUCGAAAGAGGCAGCUGUGAGCAAGCAUGUGGAAUUUCAAGGGGUGGAAAUCCUUUGGAUACAAAAAGCAGAGGAGCAGAAGGUUACAGGGCACCCUGAGGGUGGUAGUCUCGAAAAGAGAACAUUUGCUUCUAUACCAAACUGCCACACUCCAUCCCCAGACCCAGCAGAACCAGGUGGCUUGCUUGAGCGUUCGUGGAAUGUGUCCUGGGAAAACCUCAAGCCCUUACCUUCUAUGGCUGAAGGUGGAGAGGAUGACGUCUUUGUCACAGAAGCCAAGAAGGACUGGGUUCAGGAGCAGGACAGGCUGAUGGAGGAGGAAGAAGUGGUCAGUGGGAGAAUGGAAGAUGUCCUUGGGCAACCGCACUCCGAAGUCUCAACAGAUGUGUACAGCUCCCAGUUUGAAAGCAUUCUAGACAAUGCCUCUUUAUACUACAGCGCUGAGUCGCUGGAAACGUUAUAUUCUGAGCCUGAUAGCUACUUCAGCUUUGAAAUGCCACUCACUCCAAUGAUCCAGCAGCGUAUCAAGGAAGACGCCCAGUUUUUAGAAAGGACUCCCGAUGAUGAACUAAGGAAGGGGCAUUGUGGUGGAGUCACCAAUGGACUGGGAGAUGUGAAGGAGUCAGACAUCACAGAAGAUUGCCAUUUGGAAAGCAAUGCAAGACCGGAAUGCCCAACACCGCUAGAUGCCAUAGGGGACAUGGGAACCAAUGACUUUUUGGAAAGCGAGGGGCAUGAAAACUUGACGCAUGACCUUAGCAAUGGCACCACAAGUGGCAAUCUGGAAGCAGCCAGGAGGUUGGCAAAGCGACUCUAUCAUCUGGAUAGAUUCAGACGCUCUGAUGUAGCAAGGCAUUUGGGGAAAAACAAUGAGUUCAGCAGACUAGUAGCUGAGGAAUACCUCAAGUUUUUUGAUUUCACGGGCCUCUCCUUGGAUCAUUCCCUCAGGACAUUCUUUAAAGCCUUUUCUCUCAUUGGAGAAACUCAGGAAAGAGAGAGAGUGCUAGUUCAUUUCUCCAACAGAUACCAUCAUUGCAACCCAAAUGCCAUUUCCACACAAGAUGGUGUCCAUUGCCUCACGUGUGCAAUUAUGCUGCUCAACACUGACCUCCAUGGCCAUAACAUUGGCAAGAAGAUGUCUUGUCAAGAAUUCAUUGCCAAUCUUCAGGGAAUGAAUGAAGGCCAAGAUUUCCCACGGGAACUCUUGAAGGCUCUCUACAAUUCAAUCAAAAACGAGAAGCUCGAGUGGGCAGCGGAUGAUGAAGAGAAGAAGAAAUCUCCCUCAGAUGGUACUGAUGAGAAGGAUAAUUCAAAGACGGCCAAUCGCAUUGGCAAUUCCAGUAACCCCUUCCUAGACAUCCCUCACGAUCCCAAUGCUGCUGUGUACAAAACUGGAUUUCUGGCACGUAAAAUCCACGCGGAUAUGGAUGGAAAGAAAACUCCACGAGGGAAGAGAGGCUGGAAAACCUUUUAUGCUGUUCUCAAAGGCACUGUACUUUAUUUACAAAAGGAUGAAUACAAGCCAGACAAGGCAUUGUCAGAGGAAGAUCUUAAAAAUGCAGUCAGUGUGCAUCAUUCAUUGGCAUCGAAGGCAACAGACUAUGAGAAGAAGCCAAAUGUCCUCAAGCUCAAGACUGCCGACUGGAGAGUGCUGCUUUUCCAAGCUCAGAGCCCAGAAGAAAUGGAGAUCUGGAUCAAUAAGAUCAAUUCUGUGGCAGCUGUUUUCUCUGCUCCACCAUUUCCAGCUGCUAUUGGAUCCCAGAAGAAAUUCAGCCGGCCUCUGUUACCUGCUUCUACAACCAAAUUGUCUCAGGAUGAUCAACUGAAAUCCCAUGAAAACAAGCUGAAGCAAAUCACCACUGAAUUAGCUGAGCACCGUUCCUAUCCACCGGAUAAGAAACUGAAAGGCAAGGAAGUGGAAGACUAUAAACUCAAAGAUCAUUAUCUGGAAUUUGAGAAAACGCGUUAUGAAAUAUAUGUGUCUCUUCUCAAAGAGGGAGCAGGAAAAGAGUUGCUGAGCACGGGAGAGAACGAUGGCCCGGGACUGAAGAAAUGCCACUCAAGCCCUUCAUUAAACCAGGAGUCUCCUGUUAGUGCCAAGGUGAAGCGUAACAUCUCGGAGAGGAAGGACUAUAGACCUGAAACACCCAGCCUCAAGCAGAAGGUUACUUAGAGCAACUGAGGCUGCCUGGCGGAAUCACAUAUCACUCUCCCUCUCUCUUUCUCUCUUUGAUAACCUGUCCUUUGCAAAAACAAAACAAACAAAAUUAACACAUCUGCCUGAAUGGGGUGUUAGUGACAUUUUCAGUUGUAAAUUUUGUUGUUUCUGUACAGGUCGUUGGAGAUGUUUUGGCUUCUGACUUGCAUUUGCCUAGUUAAUUUAUCAUAAAGCAACUGAUCCAAUCUUUUCUUUUUUAUCAAUACAAAAAGAAAAGCGGGACAGGCAACAAGGAGCAGGAAGGGAGAGGUUCCAUGAUACAUAUAUCUCCCUUGUCUUUUUAACUUCUCUCAUUGGCUUGUAAUUUUCAUCUCUCAAGUCACCUGCUGCUUCUCAGUAGCAGGGAACAUAACUGGACAAACGGAAAGCUUAGUGAUUUGUUUAGCCUUGUGAAGGGAGUCACUUUUGCCAAGGUGGCAUGGACCCUCUCGAAAGGAAGCGAGGUGAAGGUGCUGCUGUGCUGUGGACUCUCUCACUACACGUGAAGGAGCCCUUCCGGUAGGUAGACUGCUCAAUGAGCAGUAGAUGUGAUCCAUGAGCCCCACCUGCAAGGGGCUGAGACGUGAUAGUUAGCCUUCAGGAACAAAAAAACAUGAAGGAACAAAGUUUGUAUUUUGGAUGUUGAAAGGGAGCCAGGUCUUUGGUGGUCAGAAAUAAUUCCAGCCAAAAUUGCUGUUUUUUCAUUGGCUGGGAGGUCUCUUCCAUUGACCCCUCUCUCUUUUUUUCCCUCUUUCAGCAAGUCACACUUGCUCUUAUGGUUCUCAACAGUAUAUACUUAUACAUUUAUUGUACAGAUACCUGGUAAUUUGUAUUUAUUUCCCAUUGUCAUUUUGAUCCUCUUCUAGAAGUUCAAGUAUGUUCAGGCACUUUAUAAUUGAAUUCAUUGCCGCUGGAUAUUUUCUUCUUAAUGUUUGAAAACAUGAAGAGACAUCUUGUUACCCAGUUUGCCUUUAUAACUCAAAGUCAAAGAGGCCCAGAAAUGUCUUUCCUCUUAGAACAAAACUCUGAUUCCAUUCCAGCCACUGGAUCCCCCCAUCUAUAAAAAUACUCACAAUGGAUGUACCCUUCUCUUCUUCCAUGUCUACCCCAAUCUACUUCAUAUCAAUGCAAAGGAAACAUGAGCCAGGGAUAAGGAGAACAGCAGUAUAUUUAUCACUGUUCCUGAAAUGUCCUUAUUUUCUUUGCAUAUGGCAGCAUUAUAUUUAAAGUGUACUCAAUGUUAAGAAAAAACAAAAUAAUCACAAGACACCCCAGGCAAACCAAAGGAAAAGGAAACAUGAGGUCCAUAUUGGGGAUUAACCCCAAAGAAUCAAAUCCCAAAGAAAUCAGAAUGGUUGUGAAGAACAGAGCUAACACCACUGAGCUCCUGAAUGGACAGCUUAGCCAUAAGAACCUGCAUGCCAUUGACUUAAUAGUAUGGGUCCAUUUGUUUUUCAGUGUAUGGUGUUGCUCUGCCUAUCUAGGAAGGAUUGGAUAAAAAGUGGAUGUCCAUGCUACUUAGGAGCAGCUUUCUUUAAAGUUUAAAAAGACUGGAGGAGUGACACACUUCAUAGAAAUUUAUUCACCUUCAAUUCCAAGUACUAAAUUGAAGGCUACCUUGAGUUUUGCCACUGUAAUUGUGCAGCAGGGAUGGUGCUUCAUCUCUGUAAGGAAGACCUCUCUGCUUGGCAUUGGCACUUACAAUGGCAAACCAGCUAAGAUUGAUGUUAGACGUAUACAAGGCAAUGGUGAAGAGGGAGUCUUUGGUGCUUUAGGCAUUUUGGAGUACAACUCCUACAAUGCCUUACCAUUGGCCAUAUUGACUGGAUCUCUUGGCCAUUUUAGGCCAAAAGAUCUGGAUGACUAAAGGUUUCCCAUUCCUGGCAAAAAGGCUGAAUUGAAAAAGGAAUCCUUUGUAACCUCCACCUUCUAAGGGGUUCUCACCAUCAUAAAGGAGCCUUUGAGGCAGACAGGUUUAUGGUUACCUUGAGGGUAGUUGGCACUAAGAAGAGCGAGCCUCACGAGGCAGUGUCGCGUUCAUGGUUUUGCGGUCGCUCAUUUUUUAUCGGAAAAGCCUGCAAACUGUCCAGUUGUUUUGAGAGGAGAGACGGCAGUAAAGUGACAGAAUUCAUUAGCUCUGUCUGAAAAGAAAAGGUGACCUUGCUCUCAGUGCUGUGUGUGUCUUGUCUCAUAAAGCACAGGGGAAAAGUAAAGACACCAUUAAAAAUUGGAGAGAAAACUUCAAUAUUUUUACAGUCGGGGAUGAAUUGAGGUCAGGAAUUCUAAUAGAUUCAAAUGAAAGAGAAAAAUUACUAUAGGCUGAGUGUCCUUAUUUGGAAAUCCGAAACACUCUAAAACUGAAACUUUUUGCUGCCAGCCACCCACUUCUGCCUUUGGGGAAAGGGAGCUAGUUACAUGUCUGGCACCCGCUGGGUUUUUCCUCAAGGACCCCUGAUGAAGGAAAGAAAAGAGUGAAAAAGGGAGGACUGUGGUUAUUGUAAAAAGCAGACAUCCCAGAUGCUUCUGUUUUUGCCUCAGCCUGGCCCAUAGCAAUGCACAGAAAGGCAGGUUCACUGGAAAUGGCUGUGAACAUGGAGCAACCCCAUUGCUUGCUACUGAUAUCCAGUCCAGAGAGAAUGAAAGAGACUCGGCAGUUUGGAGAGAGGAUUUCUCCUCUUUUCCUGUUUAUUGUGCUAAAAGGGCAAAUGUGUGUUGAUGGGGAACGCUUGAGGAAAAACUAUUUGGCCACUAGCCCACUUUGCCCCCUUAUCCCUCAUUCACAAUAUCUAUGCAAA